AUGGCCGCUUCUGUACCCUUUCGCUCAUUCACCACCGGCACACCGACUAAACAGAACUCAGUUGACCCCCGAGAUGAGGCCUACGAUCAGGUGAACCACUACAUUGGAAUUGACGUAGGAACAGGAAGCGCGCGAGCUUGUAUCAUCAGCGAGGAUGGCGAUAUUGUAGGCCUCGCCUCAGAAAAUAUCGCUCUCUGGCAGCCACAGGCUGGUUACUAUGAACAAUCCACCAACGAUAUCUGGCGCUGCAUUUGUAACUCAGUCAAGCGAGCCGUCGCCCAAAACAACGUCGACGUCAAUUCUAUACGAGGAAUUGGUUUUGAUGCUACUUGCUCUCUCGCAGUCUUCGCCUACGACACAGACGAGCCUGUUUCGGUCACCGGACCGGACUUCUACCAGAGCGCGAAUGACCACAAUGUUGUUCUAUGGCUCGACCACAGACCAGUGGAGGAAACAAAGAAGAUUAAUGCUACGGGCCACAAUCUGCUGAGGUAUGUCGGAGGCACCAUGUCCAUUGAGAUGGAAAUUCCAAAGAUGCUAUGGUUAAAGAACAAUAUGCCAAAGAAGCUAUUCGACCGCUGCAAAUUCUAUGAUCUCGCUGAUGCUUUGGAACAUCUUGCUACCGGCAACGAAAAGCGAAGCUUCUGUAGUGUUGUGUGUAAGCAAGGCUAUGUGCCAAUUGGCGUCGACGGAAGUGUCAAGGGUUGGCAGGAAGAGUUCCUGAAGGAAAUUGGUCUUGAGGAUCUUGCUGAGGACAGCUUCAAGCGCAUGGGAGGCGAGCACGGGAUAAACGGUGAAUAUCUGUCUGCGGGUGAACUCGCAGGUCAUCUCUGUGAGCGCGCUGCCCAAGAACUCGGUCUCCCAGCAGGUAUCGCCGUCGGCAGUGGCGUUAUCGACGCUUACGCAGGCUGGAUCGGCACCGUCGGCGCCAAAGUUCACCUCGCCGGAGACGAGUGUGACCCAUCCAGCGCACCAAACGACCAAUCACAAGUCUUUACCCGUCUGGCCGCCGUCGCCGGAACCUCAACCUGCCACCUCUUGAUGUCUCCCGAUCCCGUCUUCGUGGAUGGCGUCUGGGGCCCAUACCGAGAUAGCAUCAUUCCAGGCUAUUGGAUGGUAGAAGGGGGGCAGUCCGCGACUGGGGAACUUCUCAAGCACGUCCUCGAAAUCCACCCAGCCUACAACCAAGCCGUCUCCCAAGUACAGACCUUCAAAACUAACAUAUACGACUUCCUUAAUGGACACCUCCGCGGGAUGCAAGCCAAGAUCUCCGCUCCCUCCAUCUCCUACCUAGGUCGGCACUUCUUCUUCUACGGUGACCUCUUCGGUAACCGGUCCCCUAUCGCCGACCCUAGCAUGUGCGGCUCGGUCGUCGGCUUAUCCUCAGACAAGUCGCUCGAUAGCCUCGCGCUCUACUACUACGGUGUAAUGGAGUUCAUUGCCCUUCAAACACUCCAAAUCAUCACCACGAUGAAUAAAUCCGGCCAUAAGAUCAGCUCCAUCUUUAUAUCCGGCUCUCAAUGCCAGAACGAUAUCCUCAUGUCCCUAAUCGCAACGGCAUGCGACAUGCCAGUUGUAAUCCCCCGCUACAUGCACGCAGCAGUAUGCCAUGGUGCCGCGAUGCUAGGAGCCAAAGCCGCAACCGCGGAUGGAACAGGCAAAACCGAGGAUCUAUGGUCUGUCAUGAACAGGAUGAGCAAGCCUGGUAAGCUCGUCAAGCCAACGGUGACGAGGGGCGUCAAGCAGUUGUUAGAGGUUAAGUACAAGGUUUUCCUCGAGCAGUGUGAGAGACAGAGGGAGUUUAGGAAGAUGGUUGAUGCUGUUAUUGAGAAGAAGUAA